GUCGAUCGCAUCGAACAUAAAUAAACUCCCGUCCCGAAUCACGACGCACGUUCCCGUCUUCUUCGCCUUCUUCUUCUCCUCCCUCCCCUCUCUCUCUCCCCCUCCCCGCAUUGGAUCGCAUCGAACAACCAAGCGCCAGCCAGCUUCUUCUCGUCAGGUGACCGGAGGAGAGGUAGGACGAGAUGGGGCUUGCUUUCGGGAAGCUCUUCAGCCGGCUCUUCGCCAAGAAGGAGAUGCGGAUCCUCAUGGUCGGUCUCGACGCCGCCGGAAAGACCACCAUCCUCUACAAGCUCAAGCUCGGCGAGAUCGUCACCACCAUCCCAACCAUCGGGUUCAAUGUUGAGACUGUUGAGUACAAGAACAUUAGCUUCACUGUUUGGGAUGUCGGGGGUCAGGACAAGAUCAGACCACUCUGGAGGCAUUAUUUCCAAAACACCCAGGGUCUUAUCUUCGUUGUGGACAGCAAUGAUAGGGACCGUGUUGUUGAAGCCAGAGAUGAGCUCCACAGGAUGCUGAAUGAGGAUGAGCUUCGUGAUGCUGUGUUGCUUGUCUUUGCCAACAAGCAAGAUCUUCCAAAUGCUAUGAAUGCUGCUGAGAUUACUGACAAGCUUGGACUACAUUCCCUUCGUCAGCGACACUGGUAUAUCCAGAGCACCUGUGCUACAACUGGUGAGGGUCUGUAUGAGGGCCUGGACUGGCUGUCCAGCAACAUUGCUAGCAAGUCUUGAGGCUUGGAGUUUCGACUGGAGCUGACUAGAAGCUGUGGAUGUAUCAAUUCAUACUUAGGACGAAUUAUUUGUUACCAUCUGUUGCGUGCGCUCUGCAAGCUCAAUAUUUUUGUAAUGAUGUCCCAGUUAAACGUUUCCUAAAGAAUGUUCUUUUGUACCUGUUAAUUUUGCAGAAGGAUUUAAAUAUUACAUUUCUUAGACGAGUUACCACGAACCUGUUCCAUGCCUGCUA